AUGUGCGGCACGCGCACCUUGCGGGGAGCUGUUCUUUCGCUGACGCUCUUGCUGUGCGCGCCGUCUGGCCAGGGCCAGAGCUGCCUUCCCGAUGCCAUCCCGGUCCAUCUCCGUAAGAACGUGACAGCCAAUGGCACGAGCUUCCCCCUCGGCAUCUGGAACGCCCACAGAAAGUGGCAGCUGGCGACGCCCACUGCUGCCUUUCAGAUCCUGGCCGAGGAACUUCUGGGUUACAACGUGCAUGUGGAGGUGGCUGACACGAUGCUCGGUCAGGAUGCCUUGUACGCCCUGGCCGGCUGCGAGCGGCCGACCGUGGAGGGCGACCGCGGCUGCAACGGGCAGGAGACCCGGAUGCACGUGUCGAUCGGAAUCUACCUUGACCAAGAGGUUCUGCCGCACUACGACAAAGUGCAGCGCUUCAAGAUGGGGGGCGUGCUGGAUGACUUGCAGAGCCUCGGCUUCAUGUCCCAGUCUGGCAUCUACGUGGGUGGCCCCACGAUGGCCCUCGCGGAGACAUCCGAGCGGCUGUUCCUGGACGACUACCGGAACUAUGAUUCGAUGUACCUAAACCCCAAGCAUUGGUUCUCAAGCAUGGAAAACAUCAGCAGGUCAAUGCUUAUGCCAUGCCACAUGUGGAGCGGAGUCUUCGUUGGCAACGUUUCUCAGUAUCUGUACUUCACGAAGGAUCGUGAUGGUGUGAACAUGUCGGGAGGUGAGCCCUCUCCUCGCUGCUCGGAUGGCUACUGGUGGCUGGCGCCAGCUUGCCGGGGCAACUCCUCGAGUUGCAUUCCCUGCCUCACAGGGGCCGCAGGCACGUACGUUUACGGCGCAGAGGAGAUCAUGUCCAAGGCCGUGGCCUGGUCGAUGCCCAUGGCCUUGGCCGCUGCGGAUGCCGGGACAAGCUUCGGGCAGAUCGUCACCCAGCAAUCGGUUCUUUUCUAUUUCUGGGAGCCAGACCUGACGCUGGGAAACCUCGGCCAUCGCCUGAUCUCCUUCCCAGAGUUCAACGAGCAACGCUGGGCGUUGGGAGCCAAGGCCACCAUGGCACAGCCCCUGGACCACCGGAUUCUUGCCAACCAGAACCUGAACGUGCUGGCGCCGGAUGUCCGGGGCCUGCUCCUCAACAUGGAGGUGGACCUGCCUGCGGCCCUUGAGAUGAUGGUCGCCAGCGUGCGGGCCAUGGCGGUGAUCCUCGCCAGUCUCGGGCUGAGCGAGAUGGACGCGCUGACGUCCCAGGAGUGGUGGGGUGCUUGCUGGCAGGGGGCAUGUGACUGGCUGCAGCAGAACAGGGACACGUGGCAGGCUUGGAUGCCACUGAAGUCGAACUGCUACGCAGGCCAGGGCAUGCAAGAGGGUGGGCAGUGGCUGACGAACCGGUCGCAGAACGCGACCUGCAGCGCUUGCACUCCCGGGCGCUACUCGGCACUGCUGGAGGACGCCUACGGCGCCACGGCCGUGUGCCGCCCAUGCCACCCGGGCACCAGCCAGGUGAAGCCCAUGUCCGUGAGCUGCGACUACUGCCCGGCUGGCACCAAAGCGGACCAUUGGGCCGCGACGCGCUGCGAGAAGUGCCCGCAAGGCCAGUACCAGGACGAGACCGCAGCCACAGAGUGCCGCAGCUGCGCGGAUGACAAGACCACGACGGUCCUGGCCGCUGCAAGCGAGAUGGACUGCAUCUGCAGAGCCGGCAGGUACCUGUGGAACCUGACGGAGUGCCGUCCGUGCCCGGAGGGCAUGGACUGCCCGGGCGGCUCGGGCGUGCCGCAGCAGCUGCGGGGCUUCUGGGCGGAGAACCUUGGGACAGAGGCCCGGAGCCGGUACUCGGUCUACUCCUGCCGUGACCCGGCCCGGUGCCCACAAGGCCCCCCGGGCCGGUGCAGCUUCGGGCGCACGGGGCGCGCCUGCGCCGACUGCUUCUUGGGCUACGCCUCCGAUGUGGACGGCUCUUGCAGGCCCUGCGAUGCCCUGUCUUUGUGGCCCUUCCUUCUGCUGCCCAUCGUGAUCCUGGGGCUCCUGCCGCUGCUCGUGGCCGCCAGCAUCCUGGUGAGCCGCGCGCGGCGCGUGGCCACCAGCAUCUUCAUCGUCUGCGUGAUCUUCGGGCAGCUGGUCGUCUGUCUGCAGAGCCUGGAGGCCAUCUACCAGUUCGAGAUCGCCUGGAUCGACCCGGCCAAGGCCGUGCUCUCCUCGCUGGCGCUCUUCAGCCUGGACAUCGAGUUCUCCUGCAUCCUGGAUCCCCAGAGCCACGUGGUGGAGUACGGCUCACAGCUCCUGGCCUACCCCGCCGUGUUGCUGGCCACCUUCGGCUUCUGGCUCUUGGCCCGCUGGGCCAAGCGCCCCAUCACUUUCAACUCGUUCGUGAACCUCCAUGGGGUCUUGCUGGUGGCGUUGCUCACGGCCAUGUCCCUGACGGUGAUGCGGCCCUUCCAGUGCCGGCAGAACCCCAACGGUCUCACCACCAUGGCAACCCGCACGGACGUCCUCUGCUGGGGCCCCGAGCACGGGCCGCUGGUGGUGCUGGCGGCCUUGGGCAUCCUGGCCUACCCCGUCACCAUCCUCUCCAGCAUCGCGUUCCUCACCUGGAAGUACCCUACCUGGCUCAGGUCCGGCAAAGGCCUGGAGGUGCUGGAGAAAUACAACUUCCUCUUCGGCCGCUUCCGCCCGGAGCGCUACUACUGCGGCCUCCUCCUCUCCGGGCACAACUUGGUGGUGGCCCUGAUCCCGGCGGCGCUGGUGUCCGUGCCCGCCUUGCAGGUGGGCAUCAUGGGCAUCGUGGUCUGCAUCAAGCUCGCGGCGCAGAGCCUCCUCUGGCCUUGGCGCGUCGAAGUGGCCAACUACAAUGACCUGGUCCUCUCCACGGCGCUGCUGAUCUUGCUGUUGCUCGCCUCGCCAAUGCUGCGCCUGGAACAGAAUCAGGACGGCAGCUUCCUGGUGGCGGCGCUGCUCACCGGCGUGCUCUGCCUGCUGCCCCUGGUGGCGCUGGCGGCCGCGUGCCUGGCCGCCUCGCUGCGGCUAAGGCCCCAGAGCAAGUACGACGCCUUCCUCUGCCACCACAAGGCGGGCGCCGGCGCCCUCUGCCGCUUCAUCAAGCUCAUCGUGCACAAGUACGGGCGCAUGAACAUCUUCCUGGACUCCGACGAGCUCGACGACCUCGCCCGCAUCUUCGAGAUCGUCAGCUCGGACACCCGCUGCCUGGUGGCGGUGCUCACGCCCGAGCUGCUGCAGCGCAUGUGGUGCGCGGGGGAGCUGACGAGCGCCCGCAAGCACGGAAUCCCCAUCAUCCCGCUCUACUGCGACGGCUACGCCUUCCCCGAUGCGGAAAGCAUCAACAACAUCCAGUCCGUCUGGACCGAGGAGCAGCAGUACACCCUCACCAGCCACGGCAUCUCCAUGGAGGACAUCAAGGCCACCUACCGGCACCUGAGCGCGCGGAAGGGCUACGCCUUGAGCCGGCACGCCAGCCUGGAGGAGCAGGAGCGGCUGGUCCUGGAUGUGGCCAUGGCUGCCCGAGGGCCUCGAGGCGCCUGGCGCGCGGAGGUGGCGCCCCAGGGCGCCGUGGGCGCUGCGCGCAUCCUGCUCUGCUCCACGGAGCUGGAGCCCGAGGCCAUCUCCACCGUGCUGAUCCUGCAGCAGAUGGUGCAGCAGCAGCUGCGCAUCGCCACCUUCCGGGCGCGGGGCCUCAAGGACAUCGCGGCCGCGGCCAGCGCCUCCUUCGCGCUGGUGCUGCUGAGCAAGGGCGUGCUGGAGGACCCCGACUUCGCGCUGCGCGUCGGGCAGAUGCGAGCGCAGGGGCUUAGCUUCGUGCCGGUGAACGACGGCACCUUCCAGUUCCCGGCCCCGGACUUCUACCAGCAGGUGGAGGAGGGCGGCGUGGCCGGGCUCAGCCCGAACCUCGGCCGCAGCCUGGCCAAGGCCUACCAGGCGCUGCUGGGCAUCCUGGCGCUGCCCCUCACGCCCCACGCCUCGAGCGGCAUCCUCGAGAGGCAGGUGACGCAGAUCUGCCAGAGGUUCGGCAACCUCGACGACCUGCUCGAGCAGAGGACCUUGUCCAAGACCGCCACCGACGAGGUCUGCGUCGCGGACAUCUCCAUGUCCCUCACAGACCUCGAUGAUCUGGAGCUCGACGCACAAGCAGGACCUCAACAGGACCUCAGCCACGAGGCCGAAAGUGAGUAUUCUGUCCGCGACGACCUCUGGUACACGUGA